CUCAUUCAUUACCCUGGGCUGGUAGAGGGUUUUGAACCCUUUGGCAUCAAUCCACCUCAUUCCCAAGUUCCACCAGGCUAUGGAUGAGGACUGGAAGGAUGGGGAGGGCAGUCAGUUACUUAGGUCCAAGAGUGCAAAAUCAGGAAUGAAGGAGACUUAAGGCAGAGAUGCUUGAAGUGUUGAUCUCCAGCAGCAAAUCAUGACUGUUGUCGAUGAACUGGGAAAGGCAUCAGCUAAGGCGCAGCAUCUCCCUGGUCCCAUCACCAGUGCUUCAAGAAUGCAGAGUAACCGGCAUGUUAUGUAUGUGCUCAAGGAUACCUCAGCCCGUCCGGCUGGAAAAGGAGCUAUUAUUGGCUUUCUCAAAGUUGGAUAUAAGAAACUCUUUGUUCUGGAUGAUCGUGGGGCUCAUAAUGAAGUAGAGCCACUUUGCAUACUGGACUUUUAUAUCCAUGAAUCACUGCAGCGCCAUGGCCAUGGGCUGAAACUUUUCCGGUAUAUGUUAGAGAAGGAACGAGUUGAACCACACCAGCUAGCUAUUGACCGACCCUCAGAGAAGCUGCUGAGGUUCUUGAAUAAACACUACAAUCUGGAGUCCACAGUGCCACAGGUGAACAACUUUGUGAUCUUUGAAGGCUUUUUCGCCCACCAGCACCGGUCCCCUGCUUCCUCUCUGAGGGCGACUCGCUGCUCUCGUGCUGCCUCGGUUGAUAACACACCCAAUGCUCCAGCCAGAAAGCUGCCCCCCAAGAAGGCAGAAGGAGAGAUUAAACCAUAUUCUUCUAGUGACCGAGAAUUUCUGAAGGUGGCUGUAGAGCCUCCAUGGCCCUUGAACAGAGCCCCCCGACGUGCCACACCUCCAGCCCGACCACCCCCACGGUCCAGCAGCCUGGGCAGUUCUCCAGACCGAGGUCCCCUCCGCCCCUUUCUGCCAGAGCAAGAGCUGCUUCGGUCUCUUCGGCUCUGCCCCCCACACCCUACUGCCCGCCUGCUGCUUGCAACUGACCCUGGAGGCAGCCCAGCCCAACGCAGGCGUACCAGGGGAUCAGCCCCAGGACUGGUGGCACAGGACUGCAGCUACAGUCGAUAUGGGGAGCCAGACUCCUCAUCCCCCCAGACAGGUGUACCAACAGGGGGCAGCAGGUUGUGUCAGGGGAGCAAGAUGGGGAGGGAACCAGGUCCUCCGCCCCUCCACAGGCCCUGCAGCCUCCAGUCCCGUUAUGGAGACUGGGGGAGUCCAUGGUCAACGCAAGGUUCAUUCGAUACCUCCAGGAGCACCGAAGUACCAGGCCAUGGUGACCUGGGCCCUCAUGUCAUCCUUCUCAGGGUGAUCCCCUCGCCUGGAGACUUUGGCUCCACCCAGUGGAGAAAUAAUGAGCCCCGCCCUCGGGGACAUCUGUUGGUCGGUCGGAGUUGAGCAUCUUCCUUUUUCCCAUCCACUUGUCUUAUGUGCCCAAAUUGUGUUUCAUUUUUAAACAGGAUUUUACUUAUUUUUAAUAUUAAAGGCUGGUGGUCAGGA